AUGGCAAAUCAUACGCUGCUGGAGCGAGCAGCGACGAGCGGAUUGAUGGAGUUCCCGCAUGAGGCUCAAGGGGAUUUCAAAAGUCACAAUUUGGUGGAAGCGGCUCCGCGCAUCGACUCCUUCACUGAGAAGGCGAAAGGACGAGCCACAUUAUUCCUGGGUGCUGCUAUUUCCACGUUCAAGCCAGCGCAAUUACCCAUGUGGAAUGACUUUGUGGAACUGUUAUGGACGUCAGCGAUGAAGGUCGCUGUGACAGAUAUUCAGCCUGAUACAGUGUCCGAGGGGAUCUUGGGCUAUUUCGACCAACUCAAAAGAACCGUACCUAACUAUAUGGUUACCGAAGUUAUCUCGAGACGCCUUGGUCAGCAGUAUUUGCAAGUGUUGGAUGCAUUUCAGGCUGAGAAGCAAGACAAUGGAAUGUUUGCAUAUAACAAGAUACAUACGUGGGCUGCUGAACUUCUUUCCACUGGCCAAGUUGCGGCCGUCAUGACCACGAACUUUGACAACUACCUGGAGAAGGCUAUCGAAAGCAAGACAUCGCUCUUUUACCAGGUCAUUGGGGAUCCUCACGUGGACGGUAGGGAGAUUUCAGACCGGUUACCACUGACAACCUUGGACAAAAAACUGGUUCUGAUUGUGAACGGGGCAAAAGCCUUUGCCUUUAUACGAUCUCUCAUGCCGCAGCUGGGGAGUGGCAAAAUAACCUUCCUCUUCAAGAUCCACGGUUCGUGCUAUGAUCCAGUCAGCUGCAUCGACACCCGAUUACAGCGUGCCCAGGGCCUACCUUCUUUUGCGACCGAUGUGCUCGAUAUUCUUCUCAAACGAACGGUAUGGCUGGUUGCCGGCUUCAGCGGAAGUGAUAUGAAUGACAACCUCGAUUAUCUUCGCUUCCUAUCAAACAAGAGGCAAGCCUCAAUUGUGUGGCUCAUAUUCCCCAAGAGCUCGUGUGAGUCGUCAAUUGAAGGCCUCACCCUGAGCAUGGACCUUGCAGAGGAUUCGCCUGUUGGAUUUUGCCUUCUUAGUGGAUAUUUUCUUGGAGAAAGACAUUCUGGCGAAAGCAAGUUCCCUCGCUUCGAGCAGAAGAUCAAAUCAUGGGCCGAAGACCUGGGACCUCACUGGUGUAAACUGCUCCUGAUCGACUUGGUUACUCUUUUUGAGGAGAGAAGUGGAGAAAGAGCUAACCCGAGAUUUUUGCAAACACUCAACGGAGGAACGUCGCCGAGACAGGACUGGAACCGAAUUCUGCAAAAUAUGAACCUCCAGACAGAAGGACAUCAGGCAAGUCAUCCUACGUUAAGCCACAUCCUCAGAAACGGAGGCCCAUCCAUCCUUGAAGCGAAGCAGGGAUUUUGUCAGAGGCUGAACGAAGGUCUCAAGGAGCUGCAGUUGCACCAUGUGGAACUAGAAGAGGCGGCUUUGCUUCAAGUGCCUCCUCGCCAUCACGCUCAGACAUGGGUGGUGAGUGCCCUAAGCGGGUUGGCGAUGCUCUGUGGAGGUAAGAUGGAAGAAGCUGCCAGAGCGCUGCGCAUAUCGAGCGGGAUCGCUUGGGUCGUCGGGAACUACGAGAGUCGCCAUCUGAUUGAGGACCUCCUGGCCUCUAUUCUCCACGAGCGUCAAGCGUCAAGCGGAUCCAGAUCAACGAAGGCCAGCGCCAUGCAACGGAGUGCAAAGUGCGUGGCGUUCAGCCCUUCGAUGGACAAUGUCAAUUCCAAAAUGAACCGGUUUGGUGUCCCUCCCGAGAAUUAUAUGAGAGCCCUCCUGCACCGAUCUAUUUUGUUUGCAGAUGGCAUGGUUGUCCCUCCGAAUACAAUCACCAACUCCACGGUCUUUGUGGAUGAGAUAUUGUUUCAAGGCGAGCGCGAUCAGUUGGAUGAAGUCUACAUCCGCCAUGUGUUCCCAAUGUUAUCUGCCAAACUGAAAGACGGCCCUCGCAAAUUACAACGAUGUCGUGAGACGAGGGCCAAGCUAUACAUUUUUGAAUCGGUCAGCGACGAUCACAUUGCGCAGAUGGACGACUAUUUCGAUGAUCCGGCGAAUACCCAUCAGAUCCUCUAUUACGACGAACCGACCCUGAGCCGAGAUUACGGCAGGUAUUUGAGGACCGAGGUCGACCCUCUCCAUCGAGACCAAACCAUUGAACACCUUGUACAACUUUGGAACCACAUUGAAGCAGGAGGUCAUUGGGAUGUUGAUGACGACUAUGUUGAACGUUCCUCAAUUGCAAAACAGGCUGCUCAAGACCUUUCUGAAGCCCUUCAUCUGCUAUCAAAGCAUCUUCCGGAGGCGGUCUUUCGAUCGCCGCUGUACAAGUUCGCAGAUUUGUUUGACGAGGCAAGCGACAGAGACAGUGUGAUCCAAUUUUUGAUCAAGGACACCAGCGAAGACGCCAAGAGGCAGCUGUUGAAGGCGCGGGAUCGAAUCACCGAGAAACCGUGGCUCUAUGGUCCCUUCUGCCACGAGAUAUUUGAUGCCCCAUAUCGCGCCACUAUCACCUUCGAUUACGCUUUCCAUGCUGAUAAUGAAACGCUCAUCUUUCUCGAGGAGGACGAGGUGCCUUCGUGGCAGUUCAUGGCCUCAGUCGCCCACGCAGGAGACUCCCGAAAGAGCUUCUCCACCUCGGCCAUCUCUUCUGGCAGCCACAAAUACUCUUCCCUCCUCCUGAGCCAGAUGCCGACGGCAGCAUUGGUGGACAUGAGGGACGACCUGGCUCCUGUUCGAGAGAAGAUUUUUAAUGGCGAGGAACUUCGGGCUGAUGACGUGCAGAGGAUGAAGCUUGCUAUGAGGUCGUUUGAAACCCGGUCGUUGGUCCUGCCUGAGGUUGAAAUCGAGGAUGUUAUUCAUCUGGAUGGUCGUAUCAAGGAGCUGGCCCAAAAGCUGCUUUCACAAUGUCUCUUCCUAGUGAGGAAGGGCCUCCCACUCGAGCCCAUGUAUGAAGAGGCUCAAGUCACUCUUCCGGGUCUGUUAGCAUUGCGGCGGGAAGCUGAUUGA